GUUCGACGCGAAUGCUUGCGAAAAUUGUUAGGUAUCUUUGGUGUUAUUUGAAAAAAUAGUGUUUUGUGCGUAUUUUGUGUAAAAAUAGUGUUUGGACAAUUGUUUUGUGAUUGUAUCGAUUGAAUCGGUAUUUUUCGUUAUGCCGUGGGCCUGAAAUGGACGGUAUACAAAUGGAACCAAUCGGAAAAUAUAAGGCCGAUAGGAACGGGUCAGCUAAAGCAGCGGCCUGGAGAAACAUGGUGGACCAAGAUCUUGACGAUGUAGCUUUUUUAGCGGACACAGACAAGGCCCGGGAGGCCCGGGAGCUGGGCGACACACCAGUGGCUGUGUGCUCACAGCGCAGGGCGCUCUGUCUAGCGGGACUAGUAUUCUCUGCUAUGUUCGCUACGGCGUUACUAGUCGUGUAUGCUACACCGCAGGCUGAGUGUCCUUGUUCGAGUGAAAACGUGCUUCUUCCUGGACAAACACCUACAGAGGCGGAUGAAAAUUCCACUGUUGCUAAUAAAGAACGUAUAGCGACAAACGGUAUGGUAUUUCCAUGGAGAGGUGCUAGAUUGCCAACAUUUAUCAUACCGAAGCAUUAUAGCCUAUGGUUACACCCUAACUUAACUACUGGCGAAAUGAGAGGGGAAGUAUCAAUAGAUUUCAAAGUGGAUCGCGAUACGACGUUCGUAGUACUAAAUAUAAGGGACAUGAAUGUGACUGAAAGGGCCCUAUUUAAGUCAGGGACGAUUGGCCCUAAAAUAGUCAAGGCGUUGGACUUUCCGCCGGCUGAACAGACUUAUAUUGAGUUUAAGGAUAAAUUGCGACGAAAAUAUAACUAUACUCUGAGUCUUCGGUUUAUAACAAAAUUGGAUAGAAGUGAUAAACUGCGCGGAUUCUUCUUGACUGGUACACAAAGACAUCGAUGUGCUAUAUCUCGUCUCUGGCUGACCCACGCUCGUUCCGUGUUCCCGUGUUUUGAUGAACCGUAUUUACGGGCUACUUUUAAAUUAACUAUUGUUAGGGAUAGAUUUCACGUUUCUCUAACAAAUAUGCCAAUAGUUGCUACAGAAGAAGCAGGAUUCUAUUUGGGCCAUAGACUUUUACAAGACGAAUUCGCGACAACCCCUCCCAUGUCACCGCACAUGAUUGCGCUCACCGUGUGUCGGUUACAACGACGCGCUAUACAAGUUGAUACUGUGGCUACGCCUGAGCCUGAUGUUGAGGAAACCCCGGAGAUUAGCUUGUAUAGCGAUAGGCAGAGCGUGCUGGAUGAGGGAGGACCACUUCUAGAAUGGGUGCAAAAAACAAUACAGUUGUAUGCCUAUGAACUAAAUACAUCGUACCCUCUACCGAAGUUCGAUAUAGUAGUAAUAGAGAGUAACAGCCCAUACUCUGAAGGUUGGGGACUCAUCACCUUAUCGCCCGUCACACUUAGCGACACUAAGACUAUCGCCAGGCUGUUGGCUCAACAGUGGUUCGGUGGGCUAGUAUCCCCCCGCUGGUGGUCUGCCCAGUGGCUACUGGAAGCUCUCACAGCAGUGCUUCAAGAACGAGCACCAUUGGGACCCACUGAGAGACGGGAUGAUGCUUUACUGUUGGACCAUGUGUUGCCGGCGUUAGCUUUAGAUUCGAGCACAUCAGUACGUGCAGUAGCUUCCCCGAGACUCGAAAGAGCGGAUAUAGAAGGUGCUACAGACGAAUUGUCUUUACAUAAGGGAGCAGCAAUCGUAAGCAUGGCGAUAGAAGCAGCCGGUGAAGCAGCCGGGCGGGCUGCUCUAGCGCGGUUGUUGCGGGAUCAUCGCACUGCUAGCGCUGAUGCACGCGACCUGUGGCGAGCACUCACACAAGAGGGCGGCGCGUCCCCCUCGCACGCGUGGGACGGCUGGUGCGAGCGAGCGGGAUACCCGCUGCUCAGCGCCGCGCCCAACGGCCGCCACGUGGCCGUGCGGCAGGAGAGGUUUGUGAUGUCAGCAGAUCCACCAAACCCCGAGCCGCCGAUGUUAAAUCACCUCCUCACUAUCAAUUUACGAGCUGAGUUAGAAGAACUGUUUUAUGAGCCUGAGAACUUCACGGAAAUACUAGAAGAGGACAUAAACGCGACAACAACAACAUCAACAACAACAACAACACGUCGCCCCACAGUGGGGACGAAACCACCACCGGGCCCCAAAUGGGUCAUACCACUUACCUUCAGCGUGGGGCCGGUAGAGGAGUGGGAUAGUGACGCUGAAAAUAUCACUAAGCUGUUUAAGAAUGGAACUGAGAACUUGCAAAAUGGGACUUGGUACGACAUAGUCAACGACACGAAGGUUCAAACGUCAAGAUGGAUGGAAAACGUCACUUAUUUAGUAUGGAUGAAUGAUACUGAGAUGGUCAUACCGGAUUUGGGUAUGCACAAAUGGGUGAGGUAUAACGUGGGAGCGAGAGGGCUGUAUCGUGUCGCUCCACAGGAUUUGCCUGGCGAGUCAGCAGAAUCCGCCGCCCACCGCGCAGCCCUACUCUACGAGUCGGGCUCCGGCGCGGAACGAGCUCUGAUGUUGGACGACGCGUUUGUGCUCACACGUGCUCGGCGCUUGCCUGCUAGCCGUGCUGCUGCUGCUGCCGCUCGCCUAGAAACAGAACAAUACUGGGCGGUAUGGCGGGUGGUAGUCCACCACUUGUCCUGGUGGAGGGAACUGCUCAUGGUAUCAGCGUCCGCGCCAUACUUGCACCAGAUGUUGAGUUCUCUACCACCUGCUGUGACUUUGUAUACUAAUGAGGAGAUACAGGCGCUGAGUGAGGAUAAACUUUGGCUAAGCGGUGCCUUACUAACUGCUGGUGUGGUUUGGGGCAACGAAAAUGUGACGAACCAAGCCUUGGAACUAUUCGAUGCGUGGAUGUACAAUAAUGAGAGCAUACCGGAGAUUUAUCAAGAGGGCGCGUUCACAGCGGGCGUUCGUAAACACGGUGAACCAGCUUGGAACGCGUGUUGGCGGGCCUUGUUGAACACACGGGGGAAUGGGAAAAAGGCCUUAUUGGCUGCUUUGGCUGCUCCUGAAGAUGAUUGGCUGCUGUAUAGGUUCGCAUACACGGUGAUGUCGCCUGAAGCCCAAAAAGGUCACGAUUGGCCCGAGUGGGUCACUGCGUUGUGUGCUGGCUUGUGUCGUUGGCGUGGUAGUGCGGGAGUAUGGCGGGUGUUACACUCCCAACCACUCCCACCAUCAGCUCUAGCAGCUGCUGCGAGAUGCUUGUACCAACCCACUGACUAUUAUACGUUCAAAAACCUCUUCGGCGAUCAAAAAGGAGCAAACAUAGCAUUGGACACAAUUGCUUUGAACUCCGCUUGGGUUGCAAAAGCCGAUUCCGAUUUGUUAAGAUAUUUCCAAGCUAUGAAGAAAGAAAAAAAUAUUAAUUAGUUGGAACGAAGUUCCAUAUCCGUUUGGAACGAAAUAAUCCGUUGCGAAAAGGGUCUAGACGGAAUUAAAAGUUGCAACGACACUUGCUAUAGUUUCUUUCUUUGCAAAGAAAAGUUAUUUUAGUAACUUCGUUCCAUAUGU